AUGAUAAAUGUCAAGUGUAGUCAAUUAAUUAUACUGGUGACAGCUUUUCUGGCUAACUAUGUUUAUAGCAGUAUUGGAGAAAGUGAUUUGUAUAGGGAUCUUUUGGCCAAUUAUAGUAGUAUGGUUAGACCAGUUCGAAGUAAUGGAGAAAAAUUAAAAGUUUCAAUGAAAGUUUAUCUACAACAAAUAGUUAAUCUUGAUGAAAAAAAUCAAGUUAUUGAAAUAAAUGCAUGGUUAAAAUAUAAAUGGAAUGAUUAUAGAUUAAAAUGGAAUCCAACAAUGUAUGAAGGUAUUACUUCUAUAAGAUUACCAUCAACUGAAAAUUUGAUAUGGACGCCAGAUAUAUUACUUUAUAACAGCGCAGAUAAAAGUUUUGACUCAACAUAUAAAUCAAAUCUUGUGGUGUAUUAUAAUGGUGAAAUUAAUUGGAUUCCACCAGGAAUAUUUAGAGCAUCAUGUGUUAUUAGAAUACAUUGGUAUCCAUUUGACUAUCAAUCAUGUUUCUUAAAAUUUGGUUCAUGGACAUAUCAUGGUUAUGCAUUAGAUUUACAAAUAGAUACCGAUCCUGGAGAGGAACCAGGAAUGGAUCUGUCAACUUAUAUACCAUCCUCAGAAUGGGUAUUAGAAAGUGCCCCUGCCGUCCGUCAAGAGAUAUUUUUUUCAUGUUGCCCACAACCAUACCCUACAAUUAAAUUUUAUAUAAAUAUUAGAAGAAGAACAUUAUACUAUAUUUUUAAUCUAAUCAUUCCAUCAUCACUUAUAGGACUGAUGACACUUUUAGGUUUCUGUUUACCAGCACACGAUAUGUCAGAAAAGAUUGGUUUUGAGACAACAAUAUUAUUAUCAGUAUCUUUCUUUUUGACAGUAGUAUCACAAACGAUUCCAGAGACAAGUGAUGGUGUGCCACUUCUAGGCUUAUUCUUUUCCACAAUAACUUUAAUUGUGACAAUUUCUACCACUUUUACUAUCCUAGUGUUAAACUUUAGAUAUAGACAACCAUGUAAUCAUAAAAUGAGUGAAACGUUUAAAAAGAUAUUUCUUCAAUGGUUACCUUGGUUAUUAAUGAUGAGAAGGCCAGAACAUAAAAUAUUAAAAUCAGGAAUCAUAAAACUUAAGGAUCCAAAUCAAUUUACUGAUGAAUGUUUGCAAUGCUUAGGUAAACAAGAUAAAUAUGAUAAGGGAGUAAAAAAUAAUAUAAAAUACACAUGUGAUGAGAUGGUUCAUUCUAAGUCAACAUCUUUAUCAGAAGCUAUAAUAAAAAUACCUGUUGAAAAGUUAAAUUUAAAAAGAAAAAUAGGUGAAGGUAUCUUUCCAGAAAAAUAUAUAGAAAGUAAUAGAAAAAUUCAAGUAAUUCAAUAUGAAAAAUUUAUAACAAAAUGUGUAGAGAUGGUGAAAGAUGUAGAAAGUGAAAGUACAUCUCAUGCACUUGCUAUUAUAAAUUAUUAUACUCGUAUUCGUCAGCAUUUAGAGUACAUUAGAAAACAUAAACAAAGAGAUGAAAGGGUUGAUGACCUCACGGAAGACUACAAGUUUGCUUCAAUGGCUCUUGAUCGCCUAUGUAUGAUCAUAUUUUCUAUAUUUAUUUUCAUUGCUAUUAUAAUUAUAUUCUCAUCUCCACCCUAUUUAUAUGCAUAG